AAUGGCGGACAGUGAAGGUCAGAAACGUUAGUCUGCGUCACAGAUUUCGUUUCAAGAUGGCAUCUGGAAGAGUUCAGACUGUGCUUUGUGUGAUCGCUCCUGAAAAGUUAGGGCGUACUCUAACACACGAGCACAUUUCAUUGGACUUCAGGCCUGGAUUGGUCAAGCCACCCAGAGAGACAGACCUAGAAAAGAUAAACUGUAAUGAAAUAACUCUUAGGAAUCUUGGUUGGAUUCGACAAAACCCAUUUUGUCAUCAACACUCUCUUGCUUUGAAUGAAGAACCAAUUGAAGACAUGAUUCAAGAGGUGGCAGAAUUCAAGAAAGAAGGGGGUUCUACUAUAGUUGAUAACACAGUCUAUGGUAUGCAAAGAAAUGUGGAAACCUUGAAGAAAAUUGCUUCUGGUUCUGGCUUGAAUAUCAUUGCAGGAACUGGUUACUAUGUCGAUAGCUUUGUAUCACCUGAAAUGAAGGCUUUGUCAGUGGAAGACAUGGCAUCGACAAUAGUGAAUGAACUGACUGUCGGAGUUGGCAACACUGGUAUCAAGUGUGGUGUCAUUGGUGAAAUUGGGUGUUCUUGGCCCCUGACACCAUUCGAGAAGAAAUCCUUGCAAGCUGCCACCAUUGCACAAACUGAGACUGGUGCACCAUUAAUUGUUCAUCCUGGGCGAAACAACAAUUCCCCCAUUGAAAUAAUACACUUCCUCCAAGAAGCUGGCRCAGACAUCAAUAAAACUGUCAUGUCGCAUCUUGACCGUACCAUUUUUGACCACCAAGACCUCCUGGAACUGGCUCGCACAGGAUGCUACUUGGAGUAUGACCUAUUUGGCAUGGAGCCUGUGAACUAUCUCCUGAACCCAGCUGUUGACAUGCCUUGUGAUUCACAGCGAAUCCAGGAAAUAAAGUUUUUGGUAUCUGAAGGGUACGAAGACAAGAUAACAAUAUCUCAUGAUCUACAUGCCCGUCAUCACCUGCUCAAGUAUGGAGGCCAUGGCUAUGCUCACAUUCAAGUCAAUAUUAUCCCCAAGAUGUUGAAGAGAGGAAUAUCACAAGAGGUUAUCGACAAGAUACAAAUAGAAAACCCCAAAGCAUGGCUGACUUUUAAAUAAGGUUGGCAUAAGGCAUUAGACAUUUUUUGAAAUCUUUUUUUCUUGUGUCAUUUUGUGUCAUUCUUUGAAAUUUUCUUUUACAACCAAAAAGCAUAUAAUGUAGCUAGAAAAAGUUUAUAGUAUGGUUUAUGAGUUCAUUGUGAAUGUUCAAGUAUCCAAAAUGCAGUUUGAUUUGCAACUGGAUUUAGAGUAGUGCAUGGUACAUCCGUCCCAGGGGCGCACUCCUCCCUGGUUCCACUUUGUGCCCUUACUUCGAAGAUUACCAAUACUGUUUUUCCCUUUGAUUCUAUGGGGUACACCCCUCCCUGGGUUAACUUUGUGUGCAGCACCCCUCCCUAAACAAAAUCCUAGAUCCUCCCCUGCGUCCGAUCAGGCUUGACAUGACUCACCUAAUUACAAUUUGCCAAGUUUAAAACCUUUUAGUAUAGAGUGCAAACACAAGAUGUAUAAAAAGUUCGUAUUGUCUCAUCUCACAUAGCACGACACGGUACGUCCGUAGGAUCACUUCACAUGACUCCCCUAAGAACUGAAAAUUUACCAGGUUAAAAGCUUAUUAGUAUAUAGUGCAAACACAAAGAUCUUGAAAUUUAGUAUAAACCUAUUUCACAUUAUUUAGCAAUUUUAAAAAAUAACAGAAAACUAACAACUUUUAGCCAUAACGUAGAGUACAUUUAGUACACGUAGAGCCAUUUAGUAGAGUACAAACACUAAAAGUGUGCAACAAAAUGUUAUUUAUACUAAUUAUAUUGUUUUCUUUUGUUUAAGUUAGUGCUACUUACUACUAAAUAGUGAUAACUUUUGCACACAUUUAGUGUUUGUACUCUAUCUAUAGUUAUUUCUCACGGCCUCACGCUUUUAGUGUUUCACUGUUUGGUUUAGCCCUCGAAUUUGUUUCUCGUUCGGUUCAUAGUAUUUUCACAAAACAUUGUAAACUGCGAAUAAUGGAUGACACUGAUUUUUCAACGUGUAAUAAAUUUUGAUGUCAGAGUUU